ACAAGCGGUUGCCCGCACGGUACCCGGAGACUCCACAUCCAAGGGACCGGAAGGCUUCGGUUACGCGUGCGCUCCCACUUGGACCGGAGAAAGGAUGUUGCCCUGUGUCUCUCUCAUCCUCUCCACUGACUGAUAUUUUUUUUUUGUGUGUGUGUGUAGAUGUUGUGUGCCAUCCUCACAUUUUUUCCAGCGCGGUAAACUUUACAGGUAAUGAGUCAGAUUUGACCAAUUAAAAGUGCCAAAAGAGACGGAGAAGUUAAUUCACUGAAAAUGUCCACGACGCACCUCAGCUCCCCGGCGCCCAACCAGAGCUACCUUUCCACGGCCACCUACGAGAAUUCAGACCCCGCGGGGGUGGAGAGGCAAAUCCGCCUUCUGCUUUUCGGCUUGUGCGUAACCAUCGCCGCUGCAACCUUUGCCGGAGGUGUGUAUUCGCUGCUGUCUCUCCUCCGGAUGAGGAGAAAAACCUCCCUGUGUCUCAUUGUGGCUUCCAUGUCGGUGGACGACCUUCUCAGUGUGGUCCCUCUCUCCUUGUUCAUGCUCCUACAGUGGGAGACGGAUGGAGGUGGAGGGUCGACCAGUCUGUGCACUUUGUCCGGACUUCUGUACGUGUUCCAGGGGGUUUCAAGCAAUAUGAAGGCUUGCCUUAUAGCAGCCUACACUUUUUAUGUCACCAAGAGAUUUGGAGUGCUCCAAUCUGUCCGCCGGCCCCUGAGAGUGAUGUGGGCCAUUGCCGGUGUGUGGGCGGUCAGUCUGGCCGUCAGUGUGUUACCUUUGUGCGGAUGGGGCAGCUUUACGCCGGCUUCUCUCGGGUGUUUCCCAGAGAUCGACAGCUUUUACAUCCUGCUGCUUUUCUCCUUAUAUUCCCUGUGUUUCUGCGGCUUGUUGUUUUUCUUUAUCCCUCUCACCUACCAGCUGCUGUGCUCCAGAGAGCCCCAGAGGACUUUAAUGUACCCAAGCUAUUUGGAGAUGGCGAGGGGACUGAGUGGCUCCGCUCCCCUCUGUGAUCUCCAGUCAUUUUCCCGGGACAGCCUGAACAAAAGUUUCGGUGCCUACAACGAGCUGAGCCCAAGUUCAUGCGGGACAGAGCUCAGGGAGAAAGAGGACAGCUGUCUGUCCCCAGUGUCUGUCAACGGACAGAGGACAGCUGCUGUCGAGGACACACCAGUGGUGUUCGCACAAAAGCGCUUCUCCAUGAUCCUGGCGGUUGUCCGAGUUAUUUUAUGGAUGCCAAUGAUGACUUUGGUGCUGGUGCGCCACGCACUGAAUGCACGCAGCUCAUCCCUGGAGACUUUGAGCUUCUUUCUCACUCUGCUCGCACCUGCGGUCACUCCGUUAUUCGUGCUGUCUGAGCGCUGGAUCCACAUGCCGUGUGGCUGCUUCAUUAACUGCAAACGGGAUCCAACACAGGAACCCUCAGUAAUGAAAAGAAGAUUUGAGUUCAACCUUUCCUUCCAACAAGGCUAUGGAGUGUACAAGUUGUCACAUGCCACGAUAUCUAAUAACAGUCUGCCCCUUGAGAAGCCUGCCUAUCACAGCCUCUUUAACUGCGACUUCCCUAGCAACCGCCUUGAUGCACUAGAAAGUGGCGGGUUCUCCAGCCUGGGCCCCAGUUUUGAUUUCAGCACCACCUGCCCUGUGGACAGUUCCUCUCAUGCAGACCUUAUGUUGGAAGUGGUGGCCGGUGGAGGAGAGGCGCUGGCUGAUGGUCCUUCUCUCCCUCAUGAGAACCACGGAGAUGAUGGUGACUUCCGCUGCGUACCCUCACUGCCCUCUCAUCACCGGGAGCAGGGCCACAAUCUCACUGACACAUCGUCUGUGUUCGAGGGGACAGAGAGGAGGCUGUCGCAUGAGGAGUGUCGGAAGAUCGAGCUGACAGACUGGGAGUGGUGCAGGAGCAAAUCAGAGAGGACACCCAGACAGCGGUCAUCAGGUGGUCUGUCAAUCCCCCUGUGCGCCUUUCAGGGCACCGUAUCCCUGCAGGCACCCACAGGGAAGACCCUCUCUCUCUCCACCUAUGAGGUCAGCAGUGACGGACUCAAAAUCUCCCCCAACAAUGCCAAGAAGGUGGAAGUGUAUCGCUCCAAAUCAGUUGGCCAUGAGCCCAGUGCAGACGACCCAGCGUCAGGAGACCAGGCUGGAGACGUGAAUGUCAGCAGCGUAGGAAUGGGCAUGGAGAUUGGAAUGGGCAUGGGUAUAGGAGCCGGCGUGGGAGACACCAACGUCAAGAUCCACCUUGAGGUUCUGGAGAUCUGUGACAACGAGGAGGCCAUGGACAGCGUCUCCAUCAUCUCCAACAUCAGCCAGUCCUCCACCCACGCCCGCUCGCCAUCGCUGCGUUACUCGCGAAGGGAGAACCGCUUUGUCUCCUGCGACCUGGGAGAGACGGCUUCCUACUCUCUGCUCAUCCCCAGCGGAGGCAACCCCGAUGCAGAGACCAUCAAUAUCACUAUACCUGACACUGUGGAAGCUCACCGGCAGAACAGCCGGCGGCAGACGCAAGAGAGUACGGGGUAUCGUGAGGAGAUACAGCUGCUCAAUGAGGCCUACAGAAAGCAAGCUGGGGAGACGGAUGAGUGACAUACAUACAGGAUCACAAGAAGGUGUCUCAGAGGAGAAGGUUGAGAGAGCACUUCUGGCAGCGCAAUAUGGAAGAAUAUUUUCUAAUCAUUCCACAUUUACUUCUUUCUGAUUAUCACUCUAAUAGAACUGACAGUUGUCCCAAAUAGAGAUUUAGACUGUUAUAAUAGUCUGUUUGCCUACUCUUGUACUUCCUCUUCAUAUAGCAUCAUGAGAGCACAUGCAUCACGUCUGUAGCGUUCAUACAGAUAGAUUAGUCUGUAAAGGAAGAGGGAUAGGAGUACAUUGGGAGAGAUAGAGAGAGCCAAAAGAAGGGGAGGGAAGGAGAGAGAAACAGUAUUCUAGCAGAACAUCUGUAUUCCUUGCAAGACUUUCACCAUAUGGCAGCCUGUCAUCAUAAAAUAGAUACAGGAAGAGAGAUAUUCACUUCGACGUGGAAAAGGAGGGGCCAAGGUCUAGUCACAUGUCUGAUAUGAAGCUGCUCCAGUAGACUACGUCACUGGUGACUCAGCUGUGAAGGGAGGGGGUCACCUGACCCAUGUGUCUGACUCAUCUCGGUGUGUGUUGUUGUGCAUUUUUGUGUGUGAGAAGCCUUGCCCAUAAAGAUGAGGGUAUAUGUUUGUGAUGUCCGCUACCAAACGUAUUCAUAUGUUUCCCUUAUACAAUGUGUUUUUACAUAUAUUUAUUUAUAAAAAUUACGGUGUAUUUUCAUUCACGUCCAGCUGCUACAUCCCAUCACGUAUUAACACACAAUUAACGUUGCUACUAUUAAAUUUGAGCCAGGACCAAUAUCCACGCUGAAAACAGAUGGAGAGAAAAAGGAAAGGAGAAGCAGGUAUUUGAGGGAGAGUGCAAGUGAUCAUUGAAGAGGAGGUUGAGGGGAUACUUAUGCAGAGCAGUUUUCUGCCCCGCGCACAUUCAGUGCAAUUUAAAUGAGUGACAGUGUGCAUAUUUUACUACAGUAUAGGCAGCAUAUGAAUGUACAUUCCAGAGAUACUUUGGGGGAGCAUCUCUCUGCCUGCUCAGUUCGCUGCCCAUCCAAUCAAUGAGCCACCGGGCCCUCUCACUUUUUAUCGAAUACAUGCAUAAAUUCAGGACUGGAAUAAAAUUUACAUAGAUAGUAUUAUGUAUUUUAGCACUGGUUUUUUAAGGCUUUUUUGCCUGUAUUUUGAUAG